CAAACACAUCCUCAUCUUUCUUAUUCAUAGCUAUCACAACUCCAACAAAAAAAAACUCCCUAAACAAAAAAAAUAACAGUAAGAAGAGUUUUUCAUUAUUCUAUAACUUUCUUGUUUUAAAAUCAAGAAUUUGACUUGUGACAAAUAUUUCAAGAAAGAGAUGAGGAACGAAACGGGUGGUACCAUGGUGGUCGAUCUCCAAACCGAUUCAUACAACAACAAUCACCACCACCACGACAAUACCGAUAAUGGUCACAAACCGAGAUCUAAGUUUGGUGAUAUAUUGAAAGCUGACCACGACGGAAUAUUCCCUCCUGGAGAUCCCAUCAUCAUCAACACCAACUUAACCCACCCCCGGUUUAGCAACGUCUCAGCCUCGACCAUGGGCAGUGGUCCAGCCAGCGGAGAAGGUUCACCUUGCGUAAUGUCUCCUUGGGCCCGUAUGUCUACCCCUUGGCCUUCAGAUUUUAAUGAAGACAAUGGCCUCGAGACAAAUGGUCUCAUUGGCUCUAUUGUACGUGAAGAAGGGCAUAUAUACUCGCUAGCCGCUUCUGGUGACCUUCUCUACACGGGCUCGGACUCCAAGAAUAUUAGGGUUUGGAAGAAUUUGAAGGACUACACCGGGUUUAAAGCAAGUAGUGGUCUCAUUAAGGCUAUUGUGAUAUCCGGAGACCGGAUCUUUACCGGCCAUCAGGACGGUAAGAUCCGGGUCUGGAAGGUUUCGAAGAAAAAGGAAGGAAAGUACAAACGGGUUGGAACAUUGCCAACGCUUAAAUCCAUGGUUAAGAGCUCGGUAAACCCUAAGCAUUAUCGCAAUAAAAACUCCGUGAAAACUAAGCAUAAGGACGCCGUGUCGAGUCUUAGCAUGGACGUGGAGCUUGGUUUGUUGUAUUCAAGUUCUUGGGAUAGGACGAUCAAAGUGUGGAGAGUGUCGGAUUCAAAAUGUUUGGAAUCUAUACAAGCGCACGAUGACGCGAUAAACUCGGUGAUGUCAGGUUUUGAUGACUUGGUGUUCACGGGAUCUGCGGAUGGUACGGUUAAAGUGUGGAAACGUGAGAUGCAAGUCAAAGGAACAAGGCACAUUUUGGCUCAAGUUUUGCUCAAACAAGAACACGCCGUCACGGCAUUGGCUGUUAUACCGAAGUCUAAAAUGGUAUAUUCCGGUUCCUCGGACGGGGUGGUGAACUAUUGGGAUCGUUCCACGCGUGUAUUCAUCGGUGGAGAACUCAAAGGGCAUAAGUCCGCCGUGUUAUGUCUAACUGUAGCGGGGAACUUGUUAUUGAGUGGUUCAGCCGACAAGAACAUAUGUGUGUGGAGGAGGGAGCCGUCUGAUGGAUCUCAUAACUGUUUGACUGUUUUGUCGGGACACAUGGGACCAGUCAAGUGUCUAGCCGUGGAAGAGGAAGGAGCUUGCCGCGGUAAAGAAGCAAAAGCAUGUAUGGUCAAUGAAGGUGACAAGAAGUGGAUUAUCUACAGCGGAAGUUUGGACAAAUCGGUUAAAGUGUGGCGUGUGUCGGAGAAGAUGGCGACGUGGAGGGAGACGGACGAGCCAGCAGCAUCUUCUGGCUGGGAGAGCUCUUCGUCUAUGCGUGAAGGGAGCGGCGCGUGGAGUGUAGGAGAUUUGGAAUAAUAAAAAAAAAAAGUGGGUCGGAGCAUAGUAUUUACGUGGAUGUCACGUUGAUGACCGUCUUCGCGAUAGUGAAAGACUCGAAUUAUUGUUUUCAAAUUUCAAUUCUAUGACUAUGUCACGAUGAGGUUUGUGCCCAAAUCACCUGGUGAGUGAGUCAAUGUCGGGUUGAUGGUUUUCACGUAAUGAUUAUUGCUUCUUUUUUUGUAAAAGAAAAAAAUGUUUGAAAAAGUGAAAUUGUACUAUUAUUUU